UUUCGUCUACGGUCUCACUAAUAAAUAUAUAAUAUCUUCGACUGUUUUGAAAAUGAUAAGUAAAACUGGAUUUUUAGCAUCGCUGAUUAGGAUCGCCCGUGUCCGAAGCACCUUACAUAAUGGCCAAGCGACAGACCUGGGAUCAAAUGCGUCAGAUCUUCGUCCAGGCGGUGAACGCAGUGCAUCCUGAGAAGAUAUUCGCCGAUUUCCAGAGCUUCGAUUUGCGUCCCCAAAGUGGAGAAAACCCUAGUGAGAUAUCCAUUAAACUUAAUGGAGAACGUCAGGAUAUUAGCGGAAAGACCUGCCAUAUUGUGGGCCUUGGAAAGGCCGUGCUGGGAAUGGCCCACAAAGUGCAUCAGGAUCUGGGCACCUCUUCGGCCGGCGGAGUCCUAAGUGUCCCGGUAAACACUCUAAAACAGUUUCAUCAUACCAUUGCACCUGGUUUGACCAUACACGAAGGAGCAGCCAACAAUCUGCCGGAUGAGGUGGCUCUAAAAGCAGCCCAGGAAAUCAAGAGUUUGGCCGAGAAGAUGACCCCCCAGGACAUACUCUUCGUCUUCAUUUCUGGUGGAGGAUCUGCUCUACUACCUUUACCCCGGUCACCUUUAACCCUGGAGGAUAAACGCUCCAUUGCAGACAAGCUGAUGAAACGGGGAGCCAGCAUCCAGGAGAUCAAUGCCGUGAGGAUUGCCUGUUCGGACAUCAAAGGUGGACGCUUGGCUAGGUUUGCCGGGCAGGCAGGACUCCUGGUGACCUUUGUGCUUAGCGACAUCAUAGGAGAUCCCCUGGAACUGAUAGCCUGUGGACCCACUAUUCAACCCGGAGUGGAUACCUCUCCAACCGACAUUCUCAAGAAGCAUCAGGUGUGGGAUGAGCUGUCCCCAGAGAUACAACAGAUGUUUGAGGCACCUGAAAAGCUUGAGAAACCUUUACUACCAGAGCACAAAAUCUUUGUGGUGGGCAGCAAUGUGUUAGCCACUUCAAUGGCUUCAAAAGAAGCCCAGAAACUGGGCUACAUUCCCUGCAUCCUAAGUUGCAGCGUUCAAGGCGAUGUGGCGCAAGUGGCCAACGACUAUCAGCGAUUGCUGCAGGGCAUCCAAGAGGCCAGACAGCAGGGCAUACGUGACCCGCAGCUGAGGGAGAAGUAUGCCUUUGGGGAGAGAAGUUUUCCGGGGUUCAGGAGGUGCCUAGAAGAGCACUUGAGCAGCAAGAAGCCACUAUUCCUGAUCUGCGGAGGCGAGCCAGUCAUAAAAGUUACUGGCCAGGGAUUGGGUGGCCGGAGUCAGCAUUUGGCAUUGCUAAUGUCGCAGGCUCUGCAUCGCGAUGAGGCCAUGAGGGAUUGCACUUUUUUGAGCGCCGGAACCGAUGGCAUCGAUGGACCCACCGAUGCUGCAGGCGCCAUUGGAGACAGCAUCGUUGUAGAAUCGUAUCUAACUGAUCAUACCCUCGAUGAACUAGCCGAAACACUGCGGAAAUUGCGAUAGCUACAACUUCUACAAGAAUCUCGGGCAGGGCGAACACCAUAUGCUCACUGGCCACACUGGAACCAAUGUGAUGGAUUUGCAUUUCCUGGUCGUGCCUUAGUAUACCAAAACCCCCAUAAAUACUUCUAUGUAUACAUAUACUAUAUAUAUAUGGGGCAAUUCGUUAAUGGAGCUGCUCUUGAACCGCA